AUGAGGAUGUGCCGAGAUGAUGGCCAUGAGAAUGUUGACACUGUUGGUGCCAAUGGCGAGGAGAGUGAAGAUGGCACAAAAACUAUCGGGAGUAACUUCAUUCCAGCUCGUCUUGAUGCUCAAGAAGAGGACUUGGAGGAACUUACAUCUACCACACACCACAUGACGGAUGCAUUCCUUUUGGCAGCAAUUCUCCUUCACACAACCGAUCAAGUUGCCUUCAUUCUCCCAAAUGACCCCCAUUGGAUGUCCUGCCUUAUGAGAAGAGAAAAUGACGGUUUUCGUGAUAACGAGCAUGCUGCAAGGGUUUUGCCAUUGUAUGAUAGCUUUACUGACAUCAUACCAAAUCUCGUAGAUGACGACAUCCGCAACACAUUGUCUGGGUAUUGGUUCCAAUCUCCAUCGGCAAUGCAUGUCCUAUUUGAGCUUUAUUGCCCAACUAGGGGUGUUGUCAUCGAUUACAUAGCAGGUAGUGGUUUGAUGGUCGAAGCAGCACAUGACUCUGGUAAAUUGGUGUUUGCGAUUGAAGAAUAUGAGUUCUUCAAACGCCAUCUUAGAGGUUUUCGUCCUUCUCUAUCAGUUGCUUCUAGGAGUGUCAGUGUAGCAGAUAGCGACAGUGAUAGUGUCAGUGACAGAGACAGUGUCAGUGUUAGAGAUGACAAAGUUACAGUGCUCAGAAUGGACCCAGUUACAUUAUUCCCCGCAAUGUUGGAUGAUGAUCCUCCAGCAGUAGCCACUAUGGGUUUUAGGGUUUUGCAGAUGAAGGCAGUUGUUGCUGCCUUGAGAGUACAUCGCGGAAAUGUUCGUCAUGGCAGCACCGCAGGAAAUGCGAGUUGUUUUCAGCGUCUAUGGACCUCUGCUCCUCUGGAAAUGGGAAGGCGAGCUUGCAAGAUUGCGGACAGGAAGGCGGCACAGGGCUUGAAGAGAAACAAAGUUAAUGCCAGGCUUGGCAAAGAGAUAGCGCAAGCGGCGAGGGAAGGCGGGACAAACCUGUCAUCGAAUUUAACACUGGCAGCGCUAGUGCAGAAAGCGAAGGAGCUGCACGUCUCGAAAGAUCUCAUAGAACGCAACAUUAAGAAAGCAAAAGACAAGGACCAGCAGGAUUUCACGGAGAUCACAUAUGAGGCUUACGGCUUUGGUGGUGUUGGAAUCGUGGUGGAAGUUCUCACGGACAACACGAACAGAGCUUCUUCUUUCGUUCGCGAUGUUAUAAAAAAGAGCCAUGCCAAGAUGGCUGCCUCUGGCUCGGUCCUCUUCAACUUCAAACGGGCUGGAGUCGUGGCUGUGAAAGGCAAUGUGGAUUCCGAAAGUCUUCUGGCUGCGGCGAUGGACACUGGAGCUGAGGACAUCGUGGAACCUGAAUUGGAGGAUGAUGAAAGCCCAGAGGAGAAGAAGUACUUCAAGGUGAUAACGAUGAUUUCGGGCGUGUCAAAGCUGGGCUCAAGGAUGCGGGGUUCUCGAUUGACAUGGAUAAUUCGGGUCUAGAGCUUGUACCAACUGAGCUAGUGGAGGUUGAUGAUGAAGCAAUGGAAAUGAAUAGGGCUUUGAUCGAUAAACUACUGGAACUAGAAGAUGUAGAUGCAGUUUAUUCAACUCAAAAGCCUUGACUGAAUUA